CUCACUUUAUUGUUUAUUGAGAAGAAAAAUAAACAUUUUGACGAUUUUCGGUGAGUUUUCUUUGAUUUUCUCAAGGAAAUCAUCAUGGUUUACAUCCAUUUCCCAUCAAAUCUGACCGAGGAGGAGCUAAUGCUGCAGACAAAGUAUCAAAAGUUGAAGAAAAAGAAAAAAGCCCUCCAGGCUCUGAAGACGCCAAAACAGGAGCCUGAAAAGCCCCUGAUCCCCAAGAGACCAGCUGAUGCGAGAGAUGCCCGUGAAGUGGCGAGGAAGCUGAUCAAAAGCGGAGCAAUCCAGGCAAUUCAGAAGCCACAGAGCAAACAAGAUCAGGUCUCAUUCAAGCGUCCCAAGGGGCAGGAGAGGAAGCGUGUUCUGCCCGAAAGUCCUGCCACUGUUGCCACCUAUCAACCCUUCUCAGCAACACAAGCCACGGCAGAAGCUGGAGCACCCACAGGGGCGCCAAUUGAUCCGGAAAAGGAAGUUGCCGGGCGUGUGCAGAAUCUCUACCAGCAGCUAGCCACGGAGAGGGACCGCGAGGAGCGUGGGCUGUUGGAUAAGAAGGCCGUGGAGGCACCAGUAUUGCGUCCCGAUAAACCACGUACCGGCAAUACGAUCUACGUGUCCGGGAAUAAGGUCACCGAGGACUUCCUGAGGAAGCACUUUGCGUCCUUUGGGACAAUUGUCAAUGUCUCAAUGGAGAUUGAGAAGGGACGGGGAUUCAUAACGUUCUCAAAGGCAGAAUCCGCUGAGAAAGCCAUUCACGACAUGCACGGAAAGCCAGCUUCGGGGAUUCAACUUCAGGUGCAGCUGGCGAGGAGACAGCCACAAAUUGAGCCCAUCAAUGAUGCCUCAUCGUCAGCGGUGUGGUCCACUCUGGCGGCUAGCCACUCACAGAAGGGCAGUCUCAAGGAUAAGCGUGAAAUGGUCCACUAUGACGACAUGUUCUCCUCAUAAACGUCCGAAAAUGACUCCAAAAUUGCCCCAAAAUGUCCCCAAAAUUACACAAAUAAAACUUCUCUAAAUAAA